ACGCAUUGUUGCAGAAACUCUUGAUAGUCCAGCAACGAGCUCAGGAGUUGAUAUCUCUAACCAAUCAGUUGGUAAAGAGUACAAAGAGCAGUCUAAAGAGUUGCGUGAAACGAGUGAGGAGGUUGUUGCAAAUGUAGGAGAAGGAAGAGAUGCACCGAAACGAGUAUUUCCAAAGAGGAGAAAGAACCGUAAUAAAGAUGAAGAUAGCGUAAAGACGGAACAUACUAUUUAUGAAAGGCGAAAAAAGGCUCAAAGAGGAUCGACAAUCAUAAAUUCCCCCCAAAAAACGCAGUCUUGUAUCGAUGAUUUGGAGAAAGCCGUUGAAGCACCAGAAAUAGAAGGGAAACGAAAGAGUUUAUUUGAUUCUGUUCGAGAAUGGUUUGAAGAACAGUGUACUCAACGUCAGAACGGAGAAGCUCUGAAUACGCAAUCAAGUUCAAGUUUUAAAAAAUCGAAGAGCAAAGCAUUGUUCUCUUGUGAAGGAGGACCAUCCGCCAAACAUAAGCUACUUUCGGAGAAGACAGCUCGCUCACCAAGUGCAUCAAUUAUCAUCAAUAAAGAAUCAUUAGAGGUCAAUGUUUGUGCAGGACCAAAUGAUAGUGAUUCCGUGCCGGAGCCAGCAAGUAAUCAAAAAGCUUAA